UUCUGCAGGAUGCUGGGUGUCUAUAACCCCACAGUCACAAUCAGUCCGACUACAUUCAAGAUCUUAAACUGGACUGAAGCAGUGGAUUCAUAGGUGACGGAAAAAAGCAAUGGAUACUUUAUCCAAAGGCUCCUUAGAGGAACCCAGUUUGGGGGAAAAACAGGUGGAGGAGGAAGAGGAAAGGGAAGAGACUGACGAAGAACAUGAAGAGAAGGAAACAGAUGAGUCACAAAGUGGGGAUUCAUGUGCUGGAGGUCAGAAAAAAACAGCAGCAUGGGCUCCAUGUUUUUACUCCAAAGGAGGUAAAGAGGUGUACCACUACGUGGGUCAGGAAAUAGUGAUUGAAGAGGGUUUCGACUCGUUUGCAGGCAUGAUAUGGCCCGCGGCUCUGUCUCUGUGUCACUACCUGGACACUCAUCGUGACCACCUCAGUCUGGUGGACAAAGCAGUUCUGGAGAUCGGAGCAGGAACUGGUCUUUUGUCUAUUGUAGCUGCACUACUGGGAGCCUGGGUCACUGCCACAGACCUUCCAGACGUCUUGAGCAACCUGAGGGUCAACUUGAGCAGGAACACCAGGGGGCGCUGCAGAAACACCCCUCAGGUAGCCCCUCUGUCCUGGGGCUUUGACCUGGAGCACACAUACCCCUCAUCUAUCUACAGGUACGACUACGUGCUGGCAGCUGAUGUGGUCUACCAUCACGACUAUCUGGACGAGCUCCUGGCCACCAUGAAGCAUUUCUGCCAACCUGGAACCACUCUGAUCUGGGCCAACAAGGUCAGGUUUGAGAUGGAUCUGACUUUCACUGAGAACUUCAAACGGGCCUUUCACACAUGCCUGCUGGCUGAAGAUGGAGAGAUGAAGAUCUUCAUGGCCACUGGCAGACACGAAGAAGAGGCUGGUGAAACAGAGACAGAAAUCCGAGCCCUGCCCUGCAACGGAGAAGAAGCAAUGACGGAUGAGGAGGAAGAGAGCAUGAGGGAGCUGGAAGAAAGGGAAGAAGCUGAACAUGAAUGUGGGAUGUUCGUACAAACACAAGAAGAGAAAAAUAGCUCAGAGGAUGAACAAAUAGUGGACCACAGAGAGGACAAGGGUGAAGAUGAAACAUCUUCAAACAAUAUUUCAAAUCAGGACUCCAUGGCAGAGAAGGCCAUGCGGCACAAUUUUGUCCCCAGCGUCAUUUUCAGCCUUGGAAAAGAAAUCUAUCAUUACGUGGGGGAAGACAUUGUCAUUUAUGAGUCAACGGAGCCAUUUGGGGGAGUCAUGUGGCCAGCUGCUUUGGCUUUGUGCUCCUUUCUGGAGAACAACAAACACGCCGUCAACCUGGAGGGGAAAACCAUCCUGGAACUGGGAGCAGGAACAGGACUGGUUUCCAUUGUAGCUACUCUACUGGGAGGUGUGGUCACAGCGACAGACCUGCCACAGGUGCUCAGCAAUCUCAAGGCCAAUGUAAUGAGGAACACCAGGGGGCGCUGCAGACACACCCCUCGGGUAGCCCCUCUGUCCUGGGGCUUUGACCUGGAGCACACAUACCCCUCAUCUGUCUACAGGUACGACUACGUGCUGGCAGCUGAUGUGGUCUACUAUCAUGACUAUCUGGACGAGCUCCUGGCCACCAUGAAGCAUUUUUGCCAACCUGGAACCACUCUGAUCUGGGCCAACAAGGUCAGGUUUGAGAUGGAUCUGACUUUCACUGAGAACUUCAAACGGGCCUUUCACACAAGCCUGCUGGCUGAAGAUGGAGAGAUGAAGAUCUUCAUGGCCACUAGCAGACAGGGAAAGGUGAAAUGAAACUCAACGGAUGAUCGUCUGCCUCUCUGCAGGCAGAAAUUUUUAAAACUUUAUUAGACAACUUGAUCAAAAGAAUUCUCCGCAUGAAGUUUACUUGCCAAUGACCUUUGAGUUUACAGCCUUUUUUGUUUAAUCUGUCUUGGUUACUGCAGUUAGAUGAGUCACAAAGAUGAUUCUUAAGAAACCCUUUCUACAGGCUUGUCACAUAUUUGUCACACUUAUAUCCUUGGAGAUAAAACCAUCAAAUCCUCCUCAUUUUGUAUCUCUUUAGCCAAAAUCAAAUCCAAGCAAAGUUAGAAAGAAGAGCAUUUUGUGAACAUUUAGAUGGAAAAUAUGUUUUUUCCAUCUGAAGUUAAAAUAAAAGAAGAAAAAACCUAACUUUGGCUUUAAAGUUGACAGUUGUUCAAGCUGUAAAUAAAAUGUGGUGGGAAACACUUUAAAAAGGAAAGCUGGAAGUUUAAAAAGGACAGCCAGGCUGGUGUUUUCUGCCUUAUUUGAAAAAACCAGGACUGAGCUGUCAGUUCCUGUUUGGAUGUCGAAGACCAGAGUUAUUUGAUCUCAUUUUAAAGCAGUUCCUUGACUUUAGUUUGUAUCUUGCAGUUUUUAACAGGAGUUAAGUCUGUUUUUAAUCAUGAAAGUCUUUAUUUUUACAUGUAUUAAAUUCCAGAUAGUUAUA